AUGACAAAUAGCAAUACAUCGAAUGAUCAAGGAGAUAAUGAAGGGACUAACAACAAUCCGGAUGAGCCCACCUAUGAAAAAAAUGAUGCCUCUUCUCAAAUAGACCAAAUAAAUGAUAAAAACAAUAGCACAAAUAAUAAUCCACGAAAUGAUAAUUUUAGUGAGUUUCCUGCCAAUUCUGAAAAUGUGUCAAUUAAUAAUAUUAAUAAAAUAAAUUCUUCAAAUGUAAAUAAUGAAGGAAACAUAAAUAAUGAUGCAACAAUUAUGAAUAACCACAAUUACACUAUGAAAACCCCCAAGAGCACUUACAAUAAAUUCCCAGUAAAUAUGAACGCACCAAUGAAUAUGUUAGGAUGUAAUAAUGAUAUAAUGACAAAUCCUUUACGUAUGCCUAUGUUUCCAGGGCAACCAAAUAAUAUGCUAUAUAGCAAUCCUAUGCAUUGUAUGAAUAAUAAAGCUUAUUUAAAACAUUUGAAAUAUAAUAAAGUCAUUAUAGCUGACCCGAGUAUACCACCAAAUGAGACAUUGUAUGUAAAAAAUUUGAAUGAUAGAAUUAAAGUAGAAGAAAUGAAAAAAAUUUUAAAAGAUUUAUUUAAACAAUAUGGGGUAAUUGAAGACCUAAUAGUUAUGAAAUCUUUUUGGAGAAAAGGACAAGCAUGGAUUGUUUAUGAUACCAUUGAGAGUUCAACAAAAGCUCUGAAUGCAUUACAAGGAUAUGUACUAUAUGGAAAAAUAAUGCAAAUAAAUUAUUCACAUAACAAAAGUGAUGUACAUACAAAGAGAGAUGGAACGUUUGUUGAAAGAUCAAAAGAACCAAAGAAACCUAAACAGAUUCUAGAAAGAGAACGGAAACAAAAAGAAAUCUUCGAAAGGAUGCAAAGAAAUUUUAUAGAAAUGCAAAUGAAUCAUUUUAGAAUUAUGCAAAAUAAUGAAUUAGAAAAAAAACAAAAAAUUGAUAUAAGUCGAAUGGAUAAACAAGCAUUAAUUGCAAAAGCUCAAGCGAAAGCUUAUGAAGAAAAAAAUAAAAAAAAAAAUGAAGAUAUUACAAAAAAUAAUAACAUGUACCAACACCCACCUUAUUACCCCAUGAAUAUGUUUUCUCCAAUGCAAAAUAAUGUCGUUGUGGCAUGCAAAAUCUUGUUUGUUGAAAAUGUUGUUGAAAAUGUUAACACACAAGCUUUUAACGAUCUCUUUAAAAAAUUUUCGGGAUUUAUUGAGGCAAGAAUUAUUCCACAGAGAAACGUUGCCUUUGUGGAUUAUUCUGAUGAAGCCGCAGCAACUUAUGCAAUGAAAGCUUUACAAAAUUAUGAACUCCAGGGAUCAAAGUUAAAAAUAUCAUAUGCAAAAAGAUAG